UGAUUCUACAAAUAGCUUGCUAAGGCCGGUGCCAACGCGUUUUCUCGCGCCAAGUUGCAUAUAUAACGCUAGGAAUGAUGCAGACCGAAAGCGCUCAUCGGUAAGAAUGAAAGAAACGACAUUCAAGAGAAUUAUUAGAAGAUUGUGUUUGACAUGGCUUGUUACAUAUACAAUUUAUGAAAGAAAUUGCUCUUCUAGAAUGUUUUUUAGAUAUGCGAGAAAAAUAUACAGAUGGAGAUUGCUACAAAAUUAUGGAUAUUACUCAGAAAUAUCAGUACGGUUUCGAGCAUGGCUUGCAGUGACCUUCAACAUAAAUCCAGGGAAUCCAAACGUAAACAUUCAGGGCCGUGAGCCAUUUCUGUUGGAUUUGAACACAUGCUACUGUUGGUCACACCUGACUGACCACCAUCGAUCUUUUACUCUCACGGUCUCCGCAUCAACAAAAUACCGAGGACUGAAACUCUAGGAACUGGGUAAACCCAGAUUCCUUAAAUCUACCGUUCUGUGUAUAUGCUGCAAAUAUUCUUAGACCCUUUGAAUUAGAGAAAUAUAACUGAUCUUCGAUAAAAUUCUGUAUUGUUAUAUGAGUUGUGAAGAAUCAUUGUUAAAAAGAGAUUUUUCAUCUUAGAAAAAAAUGUACUUAUACGUGAUUUUGCAAUACGAUUGCAAGAUGUUUGCAAGAUGAUUUUAAGGUGAUUGCAAAAUGAUGACAAGAAUUUGAAGACGUAGAGUCUGAAUUGUGCAAUAAUACAAGACUGCAUUAAAACUAAUUUUCAUAAAUGAAAGAUUGUAUGAGUUUACGAAACUAUGUCGUACCUAAUAUAAUAUGAAUUGCUCAUGACAAAAAAUGUCUUGCAAGCAACGUUAGUCGCGCUUACGUAGUCGAGCGGAUACGAAGUCGUCGAAGGUCGUCGCUUACGUUUACGUAAAGUCACGAGUUGCAUUUGGCAUACGUUUAUUACUAUAUGACUGGUGCAGCGAUGUAUUUCCUUUGCCUUUGAUGCCUAAAUUGAAAUGGACUGAAAAAGAUACAGAAAUUGGGUCGCGAUAUAAUUUGAAUUUCCACUGUGCGUAUUGCCUCGAACUUUUUUUCUCCUGAAAUAUAUAGAGAAAGAUUUAAAUUAUAUUCAAAACUUGUUUUAUAUAAAAAAACUUAUUUGUAAUAGUAAUUAACGUAGCGACAGGAAUGAUGUUUUCCUCAGACCAGAUUUAAUUGAAGAAAUACGUAUAUAAGA